UUGAAAGUUAAACAAGGGCCGCGGAAUUGACCACAUGUACCGUGUUCAGAAAUGAACUACGGUUGAGAAAUUUAGUAAACACUUCUGAAAAAUUUAUCGUUGAGAAACUUCACUUUGAGUAAAAAAACUCAAAUUUAGGUUUAAAUUUAAUUUUUCAUAGUGUAAACUAAAGUAUAGUACAGCAAGUGUUCCUUGGUUCUAAUAAUUAUUCACGGCAUGCGUUACAAAAGAAACAAUAAACACGGAUAUCAAAACAAUUCAUGUUCGUUUAAAGGGUUUUAGUGUGGCUAUCCUGAUAAGUAAAAGUAUUGUCGUGAAGGUAAAAGCUAUGUAUGUGAUAAAAUGGUUAGUUUACAAAAUUGGUGUAGAAUGUGGAUUUGUGUUGUGUAUUAAUGUGAAAACAUCGUUAUAUAUUUUUUAAUAUGUUCGCGAGUGCACUUAAUAGGUGAUAAAAGCAUUCAAGAUGACAGCCAGUGUUAAACAUUUUUCAGGUUCCAAACCAAAACAUUUACCCGAUUUUCAGUUUGUCGUACCCAAAGAAGCUCCCGUGUUUGAACCUUCUAAUGAAGAGUUUGAAGACGCCCUCGCGUUCAUAAGAAAGAUUCGGCCAAUAGGUGAAAAAUUCGGAAUAUGCAAAAUAAAACCACCCACGGGAUGGCAGCCACCAUUCACGGUCGAUGUCGAUCAUUUUAGGUUCACGCCACGCAUCCAGCGACUCAACGAACUUGAAGCUAAAACUCGAAUCAAGCUGAACUUCUUGGACCAGAUAGCGAAGUUCUGGGAGCUUCAAGGCUCAUGUCUGAAGAUUCCAGCUGUGGAGAAACGGGCCCUAGACCUUUAUACCUUGCACAAGUUGGUCCAGGAAGAAGGUGGGCAAGAUGCAGUCACGAGGGAUAGGAAGUGGAAUUUCAUUUCAAACAAAAUGGGGUUUCCAUCAGGGAAGGGAGUUGACAUUCAAUUGAAAGGCCACUAUGCUAGAAUUCUUCACCCUUAUGAUAUUUUCCAAGAAGGAAAGGAAGUGAAGCAAAUGCAGGAUGAGCCUGUUGAUAUCAAGAAGCAGGGUCAAAAUUACAAACCCCAUGGUAUUCCAUCUCGCCAGGACAUCAAACCACCAUUUGAAAAGCACUGUAGGCGCUCUAAGCGCUAUGGCACAGAAGAUGAACAAAGGCCUAAGAUUGAGGACCAGUCAAGUAGUAGUAGCAGUACAGACGUGGAGAACAAAGAACUUCGCAGGUUAACAUUCUACGGAGCUGGUCCAAAAAUGGCAGGUUACCACAUGAUCAUGAGGGAACUGAAAUCUAAAAGCAAAUCAAAGAAAAAGAAAAGAAAUAAGAUAAUAGAUCCUUUGUCAAAGUAUGUUUGCCGUAAUUGUGGUCGUGGUGACGCAGAAGAAUCCAUGCUUCUUUGUGAUGGAUGUGAUGAUAGCUAUCAUACAUUCUGUUUGAAACCACCGCUGACAGAGAUUCCCAAAGGUGACUGGCGUUGCCCCAAAUGUAUUGCUGAAGAAGUGAGCAAACCCAUGGAAGCUUUUGGCUUUGAGCAGGCCAGAAGAGAGUACAAUUUACAACAGUUUGGAGAAAUGGCAGAUCAGUUUAAAACUGAUUAUUUCAGGAUGCCUGCCCACACAGUCCCUACACAUGUUGUAGAAAGGGAAUUUUGGAGACUAGUGUCAUCAAUUGAUGAAGAUGUGACGGUAGAGUACGGUGCAGAUUUGCACACAAUGGAUCAUGGCUCAGGUUUCCCAACAAAAUACACCCAAAAUCUUCAUCCCAUUGAACAGAAGUAUGCAGAUUCUACGUGGAAUUUGAAUAACUUGCCAGUUCUGGAUGGUUCCGUGUUGGGCUACAUUAAUGCAGAUGUAUCUGGCAUGAAAGUUCCGUGGAUGUACGUCGGGAUGUGCUUUGCAACAUUUUGUUGGCAUAACGAGGAUCACUGGAGUUACUCCAUCAAUUACCUUCACUGGGGAGAGCCCAAAACGUGGUAUGGAGUGCCGGGAGGUAAGGCAGAACUGUUUGAAUCUUCCAUGAAGAUGGCAGCGCCAGAACUGUUUCACUCGCAGCCGGAUCUGCUGCAUCAGCUCGUCACCAUUAUGAACCCAAACAUCCUCAUGGAGGCCGGAGUCCCGGUCUGCAGGACAGAUCAGCACGCCGGAGAGUUUGUCAUAACAUUUCCACGAGCUUAUCACGCCGGUUUCAACCAGGGCUACAACUUUGCAGAAGCAGUGAACUUCGCACCAGCAGAUUGGUUGAGGAUGGGUAGGGACAGCAUCAGCCACUAUUCGACUCUACGUCGUUUCUGCGUGUUUUCGCACGAUGAACUAGUGUGCAAAAUGGCUUCCGAACCCGGCACCCUUGAUUCAACUGUGGCACUGGCGACCUACAGAGACAUGUACGACAUGGUCUCUGCUGAAACCAAACUCCGCAAGUCGCUUCUGGAAUGGGGUGUUACAAACUCGGAGCGUGUGUUUUUUGAGAACCUGCCCGAUGAUGAACGGCAAUGUGAGAUGUGCAAAACGACUUGUUAUCUUUCUGCUGUUGCAUGUGGUUGCAAUGCAAAACGUAUAGUUUGCUUGAAGCACUACGCCUUGUUGUGCGAUUGUCCCCCAAAGAAACACACUAUGAAAUAUCGUUACAUUCUCGAUGAAUUGCUGGAGAUGUUGCAAAGAGUGAAAUUCCACGCAGAGUCUUUCGAGCAGUGGGCAGAAUGUACAAAGAGAGUAUUAAAUGAUCCCAAAUUUCCUAAGCCCACAUUGUCAGAAUUGAAUAAACUUGUUUCUGAAGCAGAGGAGAAGAAAAUCCCAGAGGAGUUGGAUCUUAUUCAAGAUCUAAAACGGGUUGUGCUGGAGGGUGAGAAGUACUCAAAUGUGGCCCGUCAGCUGCUUAGUAGGAAACCUCAGCCUGUGCUGGAAUUUGAUCCCAAGCCCACCGAUAAGUUGACCAAAAAAGAAUUGAAUGAUUUCCACAAAGAAAUAGAAAAUCUGCGUGUUGUGAUACCAGAAAGGGCAGGUGUUAAAGAGUUUUUAGAAAAUGUAAAAAGUUUUGAAAGAGAUGCUUUGAAGGCUUUGGCAAAGGACAAUCCUGUUCUGGAAGAAUUGAAAACGUUGGUUGAAACUGGUGCAAGUUUAGAUGUCUACAUCCCUCAGUUCAAGAAAAUAAAAGAAAUGUGGUUGGAAGCACGAUGGAAUGAAGAAGUGAAAACUUUUGAAGAAAGUGCGGAAGACAACACGUUGGUACGACUGAACGCCAUUGUGGAUACUGGCAGCAAGUUGCCAGCCAAAGAGGCUGUAACACGUAGCUUGGAACCUUUGAGAAAAACUCUUUCACGAGCCAAUGAAAUUGAGCAGAAAGCUGGGCAGCUUAUUCAGUCUGGACGUAAAAAAACUACCCCAUUUUUAGUUUCUCAACUUCUGGAGUGUGCGAAGAAUAUCAAUUGCAAGCUUCCUACUGUAAUGAAACUCGCUGAUAUGUUAGCAGAGUUGGAAGAAUGGCAGACCAAGGUUAAGCAACAUUUUGUGGAGAAAGGUAUGGAUAAAUUCCCUCCAACUCUGACAGCUGUUGACGAUUAUAUUCGGAGUGGGCAGACGUUAUCCAUCAGCGCACCACUGCUACCUGCCCUCAAACUAGAGUUUGCUCGAGCAGAUACCUGGCUUUCGGAUGUCUCCAGCUCAUUUUUAAAAAAGAACAGUGCUUACUCUCUUUUAGAAGUGCUAUGCCCACGGUCCGAGUUUGGUUUGUGCUCUUUGAAACGGAGGAAGUUCCGUAGCCACAAGUGCUCCGCUUGUUCAAAAACACCUCUGCUGAAGCAGCUGCUUCUACAGAAGGAGUUUGACAUGGACGAAAUAGUCGCUGCAAUGGAAAGUGCAGUAGAUUAUGAAAUAAAUGGAAUGCGCAGUAUGAGAGAAACUAACGUGAAGAAACUCAACGAUGCAGAUUCAUGUGCGAAAUACUGCAUUUGUCGUCGCGGGUCAACAGGCUUCAUGUUUCAAUGUGAACUAUGCAAAGAUUUGUUCCACACCGUUUGUGUGCCACCCUCUAAGUCGCAGUUGUUCGGAGGCGACUCUUCCAAAUUCAUGUGUCCGUUGUGUCUGCGCUCGCUUCGACCAUCUGUGAAAACCAUCUCGAGUUUCCUGAUGCAGCAAGCUUCAAUAUCUAUUACGAUUCCUGAAGGCGAGGCAUUGGAGUUCCUCGCAAAGCGCAUUUCGCGUUGGAGGAAGAAGGUGCACAAUGCAUUUUCCCUCGAAGAGGUGAAACGUGUCUCCGGCAUGAUUCCCCGAGCCAAGCAGCAAUCUGUUGCCGAAAAACAUUUGGUUGAGGAUGCAGAUGAUCCAGACACAAUCAUCGAAAUCACCAACGUCACGAAUUUGGGCCUGAAUCGUAGUCGGGAUAGGAAAACCGUCGUAGUGAAUCAAAAGAAGCAGAAGGGGAAGCAGUCUGCCGGCAAUCCCGAUUCAUCCGGCAACCAGAAUGAAACCGAUGCCGGCCGGAGUCCGGUGCAGGAUGACGAAGGUUCGUCGGAUGUGGAGAUCAUCGACGACGUGGACUUGGACGAGGACAGGAGGUACGAGAUGAAGGUGAGCGCCGUGCAGAGCGUGGCGCCGUGCAUCACCUUGUCAGAGCACGCGCGUCUCACCCUGGAGGACCUGAUGAUGGAGGGGGACCUGAUGGAGGCCUCGCUGGAGGAGAACAACCAGAUCUGGCGGCUGCUGAAGCACAGCCGCACGUUCGUGCAGAAGCACGCCUUCCCGGAAGCGGCGGGCGAGGAGCCGGAGCGGCCGGUGGAGGAGAGCCGGCCGGAGGAAGAAGCGACGCCGCCGGCCGAGGAGGAGGGCAAGCAGGACAAGGAGCGGCAGAAGGGCAAGAAGCGCCCGGUGGGGCCUCGAGACGAGGGCGUCCCGGGCAAGCGCUCGCGAGUGCUCCGCAAGCGGCCGCGGCCCGAGGCCCCGACGCAGGAGCGGCCGGCCCCCGGGGAGGGGGACUCGACCCUGUGGGACGACGGGGAGGACUGCGCGGCCCAGACGUGCCUGCACCCCCCCGGCAGCUCGCUGGACUGGGUGCAGUGCGACGGGGGCUGCGAGGAGUGGUUCCACCUGCACUGCGUGGGGCUGGGCAAGGAUGAGCUGGACGAGAACGAGGACUACAUCUGCAAGGUGUGCCGCUCCUCGCAGGGAGGCAGCCAGGAGGACGAGGUGGACUUCUCGUGCAUCACCAUGGCCGAGCUGGACCAGGCCAGCGACCCCCUGGCGGCCCCCGCCCCCCGGGAGUGCCCCGACUCGGUCAUCCUGGUGCCGGACAGCGACGGGGAGGCCGACUGUGCCGAAGAGACGGGCUACGUGAACGUCGAGGACUUGGACGACAGUGACAGCGAACUGGUCACGGCGGAAAGUUUGAACGGUGUCGGCGUCAACGUCAGACUGGUGAACGGUCCGCCCACUCCGAGUAAAUAGUUUCCUGAAAUCCUCUGUGAUGUAAACUGAAAAUAUAGUUUUAGUUAAGUGUUUGUUCGAAGGAAAAAAACUUAUUUUCAUUUCAUGCUUUUCACUGUGUAUACGUGUUUAAGACAAGGGAAGUGGAUUAGAAGCGAACAGGAUCGUAACUUCUGCUAAGGACUUCCGAAUGGAUUUGAUUGUCCCCAGUUAUUUUAAGGAAGCAAGCAGUGACAACUUGCCAUUCUCUUGAGGAUAUUCGAGUGCCGUAUCUGUGAUCAGGACAGUUCGAUCGAUCUCAUCGGACAGACUUGUUAACAUGACCGGGAUACAGUUUUAGAGCUAGUGAAGAAGGCACAUGACCAUUUUGAAAGGGAGUUGAUGCAUCAAGACAGAAUAUUAUUAUUCCGUACGACUGCGGUGUGUUUGUGUGUGUUUGUGUGUGUGUAUUCGUACAAAAUGUAUCUCUACGUUACAACUCUAAAAUAGCCGGUGGCUUGUGUUUUCCUUGCUAUUUUUUAUUUCUUCCAAAUAAUAUUUUUCUUAUGUGUUGUAGAUAGUUAGUGAACAAAAAAAAAAAACAUUGCGCAGUCUGUGCAAGAGUAGUAUUCAUGAUUCGUGCCCACGUGCGUGUACAUAACGAAUGAUGAGUGACAGUUAGAGCACUGACUGACUGUCUGUUGUGAUGAUAGUUCAUAUUACAGUAUGAAUUCCAUUUAAUUGUUAUGACUGCUCUGUGUUUAAGCUGUAAUUGUAAGACUGUGGAAAUUUUUAUAGUAAUAUUUUUUUUUGCCUUGUGCGUGAGGUUCAGUAUAGUGUGUAGGGCUUCUUGCCGUCUGAAAACACUUAAUCCGUGGUAACUGGUUGUCGCGUAAGUCAGUGAAGCACAUGGCACGUGUGGUCUGCUAUAAGCACAGUGCACGUUGAAGAGGGGGGAGGGGAGAAUUGGUCAUUAGCAUCACUGAUUGUGGUUCGUUUGUGGUCGUUGUUUGUUCUAACUUUGAUUGCUGCAGCGACAUUGUUCCUGUUUUUUUUAUUCGUUAGUGUAGUCACCAUCAUUGAAACCUGACUGCAAAGAUGUGCUGUUUUUUUUUUGUCAGCAGUUUGAAUAUUGUUACUCUACUUUAAUUCUCUACAGACACAGCUGUAGUUAUAUGGGGUUGUUUUAUUUCUUUUUUUUUUUUGUCUAGAUAUGGAUUGCAGUUACAGUUACAAUAUUGAUCACAUGGCAUGUUGAAGUGUGUUUAUUUUGUUUUCAAGAUUAAAACAAAUUUUCAGUUUGGUUUUGUAAAUUUUGGACAAUGUUUGAAGCAUCGUCAGUUUUUUUUUUCUUCUUCUAAUAUUUAUGUACUCAGAUAAAAUCUAAACUUAAAAAAAAAUAAAAAAAGACAAUAAUAAACUAGACAAUUUUUAAGCAAUCCAAGCAACUGUAUAGAUUAGUAGAAACAUAAUUUUUUUCUUUCACUUAUUAUUGAUUAAUUUUUAUUUUUUUAAAUAUUAGUUUUCUAAAUGUGUUUAACUUUGUAAGCAUUCACAAUAGUUAAAUUUAGCUUACUUUUGGUCAAGAUGGGCUGAAUGAGAUAAGUAAAGAAAAAUAAAUCUCGGUUAAAAAAUUAACUUGCUUGUAACACCUAUUAGCAGCUGGCUUGCACACAUUUUGUUUGAUUAUCAGUUUGCAGAGGCUGAUGGUAGCUCCUACAAUGUUUGUUGAAAAGUUGCCAAACACUGAAUAUUGGGAACUUGUUUUAAUCUCGAAAACAAACUUAACAUGAUAUGUUUUUUGAACUUAACGCCUAAGUUAUGUUUCCAGGAAAUCAACAUGGCUUUAGGCACCACCGGUAAAUGUAGGAGGUAUUUAUUUGCGUAGCACCUUUUCUAACAAAACAUAUUACUAGAAAGAUAACUGGUUAUUGUGCAUUACUGUUUAGAGAUGAUGUCGCAACUGAUUCUUGCUUCGAAAUGACACCAAGUUAUUUAAAAGUGUAGGUCAUAGUCAUCACUGCUUUUAAUUAUUAUAAAUGAUAGUCGUUAAGUUUUGCACCUUGCACGAAAACUCUUAGGCUGUAUGCACGCGUGUUGUUCACAGUGAAGUAAGUACCCUCUUUUGUGUCAUUGACAAUGUGUGUUGCCACUUUGCAUUCAUUGCCAUUUAAUGGUUUGCAAAACAUGUUCAGUGUAGUCCAAUUCACCAAAGCACAUUUUAUUCUGGAGGCAUUUAGACAACUCUUUUGCAGUUUGUUCUGUCAGUGUGUUUUCAAAGCCAAAAGCGUUCUGUUACAGAACCCAAACCAUAUUAUUUUUUUAAAAAAUUUAACUAAAGCGUAAAGAAGUUGUUUGGCUUACUGGGUUGUAGCCACGUCGAAGGCGGAGAUUUCACCGACGUUUCGGUUGACUUUGCAGUCGCCAUAUUCAGGGUAGCUGUUACCUACUGAGGUUCUUGGACUUUCUCCUUCCUUUAAGGGAGUGUUUUCUAAUUGGCUGCAGCCUGUGAGCCAAUUAGAGCAGGCAGGAGAAGUUGCAAUGAUGUCAAUCAACCUUAGACAAUGGCUGCAAAAGCCUGCUAUCAUUUCCACCGUAAACAUUUAUUGUGUUUUAUGUGACACUGCAUUAACAGAAAACUAAUGUAUAUUACCGAUAUGGUAACUUUUUUUUUAAAGAGGAAUAAUAAUAUAUUUGUUUUUGUUAAUCUUGAUAACAUAUUUGUUGAAUCAAACAAUAAUAAUCAGGGUAAGCAAAACAAAACAUUUAUUUCACUCUCGUAACAAAAUUCAAACAAAGAGACAUAAAUUGUUUUUGUGUAAGUUAAUACAAUGUUAGAAUCCAGAUAAUUUGCUUAAAAAUGUAAGAAAUUUUUUAAGGUAAAAAUUUCAUGUGUAAGAUCGCGAGAUUAUUUUCAGCCGUAUUGCAGCCGUAUUAUUUCUGCCUGCUACAGAAGGUGCGUGAUUGGGAUUUUCAUCUAUUCAUAGUAUUUGGCUGUCUAGUUACUAGUUAUAUUAUUGGAUGAUAUGGCAAAUGGUUGUGUGAGAAUUACAGCAAGGUUUAGCAAGCAUAAGUAGGCAUACUACUCAUUUAAGUGAAUUCUCCAUUGCAUGUUUUUUACAGUUUCGUUCAUAGCAGUAAGUUGUUUUGGCUCAAGAAAACAUGUGUGUGAUCACUACAUCCCAUUUACUGCAGGAGUUAGUUAUAUGUGCUUGUUACAAAUGCCUUAUAUUUUUAUAGCUAUUGAGAAUUACAUACAGCGUUAGGUUUAUCAGUAGCUGCUUUCAAGAUUUUUCAAGGGGGAAAGAGGUUAAAUUGGGUGACAUUUACCCUAAGGUAUGUUUCUUUAAACUCUUAUGAUAAUUUUUAAUGAAGACACUGUAAACAGUAUUAAAAUUUUAUGUUUGCACUAUUUUAAGUGGUAUAUUAACACUGGUGUCUGCUAAAUUUUGUCAUGACAGAUAAAUCGUGUUUAACUGUGGGAUUAUUUAAGUAUCAGCCAAACUCGAUGACAUUCUUUGCGCGGAGCAGUGCUGGAAGCUUUGCUGUGUUGUUGCCUGGUGAAGGGAUUGGAAAUGUUGGCAUCUGCAGGCUUGAUCAGUACCACAUGUUGAGGUUAGCUGUAUGAAGGAAAGACAAAAUAAUGUUUGCAAAUAUACUUGGCUGGCCUCCAGUAACUUAGGUCUGUGUGUUAAGUUAUUUUGUUUAAAUCCAUUAAUUACUCAUUGUAUUUACAUGGCCAGUUUUCACUGAGUCAAGGACACAAGGGGUUUGAGUAACUGCUGUGGAAGAAUAAGGAAUCACCCUUAAGGGGCCCACCUCGUCAGGGGUGUAUGUGUGUUAGUGAGGCGGGAUGAUAAGUGGAACACUCGGUAUUUCUAGCGCGCUAUAGCCUCUAAGCGCAAGGCUUUGAACUGGUGUGCAGUCUUCUCGUAGUCACAGGAUAACUGUGAAAUUUGAGCGGUGACCGUAACAUUAAGUGCUUACAAUAAUCUGUACCGGUUGUUUUACGCCUAAAAAUUACUCUGAAAACAUGUUUUUUUGGCCAUUUUAACUCUUCUAAAUAUACAGUUUAAAAACUUAAUUCUAAAUAAAAAGUACUUUUCGGCCCUCAGCGAACUCUUAAAUACUUUUCGUAUGCAGACCCCACUCGGAUAUCUUGAGUAGUUUUGAAAUCGCAUUGUUUUCGCUGAAGCUAUGCACACCGUAUGUGUGCCCGAGUAGGCGGAGCCCUUAAUAUUCGGUCAUACAUGUAUGUGUGUUAUGCAUUUUCUUGUCAUUGCUAUCAAGUGCUAUUACUGCAAUUUUAUGAUAGUAAAUCUCCUACAUUUUAUGUUUUUCCACCCAACAUUUAUUAUAUAAAGCAGUGAAAAUUCAUGCAAAUGUUCAUAGUUAUCAUCAAUCGUGUGACAGUCUAAUGAAAAAAAAAAACUCUUUUUACUUCAAAAGAACAGUACAUCUGUGUCAAAUUCCCAAGCGUUUUUGAAUAUUCGCUACCAGACACACAUGAAAGAGAGCUAUCAUGAUAAAUCUACAUGAAUAACCAUUAAUUCAUAGUAAUAAGCAUUUUAUGUUCUCAUAGUCGGUUCACAGUAGAAGAGUGGACAGUGGAUGAAAUAAAUUAGCAGAAAAUAGAGGCAGUGGGAAUUUAAUUUCGAAGAAGCAUAACGGCAGUAACCAUUCAUGACAGAAUGAAAGAUGAUGUAAUGGAAAUAAUUCAAUGAAGAAUUGAAAAUUGAGUCUGACAGGCCUUCAUGCAGUUGGAAAUCCCAGAACGACAGUCGUCUGUUCCUGAACCUCAUUUUGAGACCCCAGUGUUUAUUACACCUGUGUUAUUCUGAGAGAAAAUGUUGUAGAGGUUGAAUUGUAGUACCCAUAAUUGCUUGAUAAAUAAUGGGUGUAUGAAAAUGUAAGUAGCAAGUUAAACAUAAUACAUGCAAACUUUCAUGUUUCCCAUGUAAUUAAUAGUAAUAGACUACAAAAGUUUUAUUGCUAAUGUAGUGAAAACAAUUUUUAUAUCACAAAAUUAAUAAUAAUGUUUAUUGCGUGAUGUCUGGAAUACACAGAAACUGAAUGCAAACUCUAAAAAUAUUUUCUUUUUCGGAAACUCGUUUUUGCUGUUAAAUCGUAAAGAAAAUGUAUAGUCAAAGGGACAUCAGCCAAACUUUAGAGAGUUAAACUGCAGUAAUUAACAUUAUUACCAACAUAUAACAUUUAGAAUUGUAUUCAUUUAUUUCACACACGUACUACAGUGUACUGAAUCAAUAAAAAAACGUAGAAUCUAAUCAGGAGAAAAAUUUAAACAAUCUUUAUUUAGAUAGUGUAUAGCCUCACAGAUAAGCUAUAAACUUGAAAUGUGGUUGGUUCAUAGUUCUCUCAGUCCAUAACCGACUGGAAAAUCCCAAAAGGUGGUAAUUUUAAAUUUUUUUCGGAGCAAAGCAGGUGGAUAGCGAAUGACAGCAGGCAGACGACGGAGUUUCUGCUGAGGGGGGAGGGGGGUGGAGGCAAGUCCUUUUGAGGAAAUGUUUAGUGGCAAAACUCUCAAUGAGGAGUAAAGUUCUCGUGCGGGGAGUUUGGGGGUGAACUGGGCAGCCAAUCUUUCAUAGAGUGGAGGGGCUCCGGUGAAGCUCCCAAUGAGUCGAGACUGGAAAAAUUCGCGAUUUCAAUGACCUCUAGGACUCCAAGAUCCUAUAUGUACUAGGACAAAUUGCACCUGCUCAUUGGAUAAUGACUCGUGACACGUGUUACCUGGGAUGCUUGUAAUUUGAUACUUCUUUUGUUGAAGGUUUUUCACUGGCUUAAGAGUCCUUCAGGUAAACGGUGGUCCAAUCACUGACUCAGAAUGAAGGUGAACGAGUUUGGAGUCUAGCCUACUGCAAAAUGAAUCCGCGAAUUUUUCCUGUCUCUACAAAUGAGUGAAGCUAGUAUUGCUGUUAACUUAGUAUUGUUGUAGUUCUCACAAUAAAUACUUUUUUUUUUCCUUCAAAAAUCAUAGAAGCCUACUACACACUGAAAUUAACAUCAAUUGUAAUGUUUUAAAAUUUAAUAAAAAAAUUAUGCUAAGUAAGAGAAGUAGAGAAAACUGGCCAAACUCAAGUAGUUGAUAAUGAUCAGGUUUUUAAGUGAGGAAAUUGAGUAUAGGUGCUCAAUGCAACACAAAACAGAUUAAAUCAAGAUGAUGUGCCGAAUAAUCGAGUUAAAUCGCUGAAAUUUGAUUGGUUGAACCCAGUCGUAAAGGUAAAUGUGUAAGAUCAUUAUUUAUAUGUGUGUUUUUUUUUAUCCUAAUGCCACUUAAUUUAUCAUCACAUUUGAUGCACUCUGUCUCUUGCAUCAAAACGACGCUAUUAUUUUAGCUUUCAAUAAACGUGUGAUCUCUUAAAUUCAAUUACGGUGGAUCUGUUGGAAUAAUUGUCAUUUUUUAGAAUGUGUCUCUGUCAUAGUUUUUCAGUAUGUAAGUAACAGGAUAUGUUACCUAUGAAAUUAUUUGUAAAUUGAAAUUUUAAUCUCUGGAGGUCAAUGGAUAUUUCAUCCAGGACAUUUAAAACUUUCACGUAGGUAUCUGUUAAUGCAAUUCUGUUGUUCACAUACAUUUAUGUUGGACACAAAAUAUUAUUUAUACAUAAGAGGCCUGAUUUGAAGUUUUGUCUUAUUGUUGAUGUUUGCAUUGCAGCCCUUUGUACUGAAGUUAGCUGUAUGAUUUGUAUUGAAAGUGUGUACUAUAUAUAUAUAUAUAAGUUUCUGUUUAGGAAUAUUUUGGUCAACAUCUGCUGCCAAUUUAUAUAAAUUUUUGUCACCAUCCAGUCCUUGGCAGUGGAGCAUAAGUUCGCGAAUAAAGGUGAAAAGUUUGCACAUUCAGUGGAAUGAACAUGGUUUCCUUGAAUAGUGUGAAAAUAGAGGUUUUUAAGAGAGUUAAAGGUUUUAAUUGACAAACCAUGCACAAAAAAAAAAGAUGGUUUGCUUGCACUGCUAGUAAGGCAUGAAUUAUCUACAUUAGUGUGUUUGGUGUUGGUAGGAUUUUUAAAAUUUUUUUAUUUAUAUUGAGUUAAAAAUUGGCAUUGUAACAUUCAAAGAUGAAAAUUGUGAUAUGCAUAAAAAAAAUGUACAUUAGUUGUGUAUUAUCCACAAAUAUUUGUGAAAAUGGAUGACAACCUGAUGCAGUAAGUAAUGAGCAGCUUGCUCCAGAAAGAAACUUUUUGAAAGCUUAUUUACUUUCUAUUUUUUCUUUCUGCAAUGAUUUUUACAAUUUUUUUAAAUAGUUUAAACCAUUUAAUUUUUUUUUUCCCCUUCCCAAAAAAUUAUGAUGUCCCACAGAAGAAACACGUGGCCGUGUGUCGUAAUUUUAGAGAACUGUGGGUUUCUGUAGAAAGUUAACUUCAUUUAACCGUGGAAAAAUUCUGUAGUAGUUAGUAGUAGUUAUUGCUGUGUCUGCAAAGUACUUCAACAGAUUGCUAACAUAAAAUGAUAUCUGUUUUUGGGUCAGAGACGGAUCCAUAAACUUGUGAAUCUGGGGGCUCGUGUUCGAACACUAAUUUUUUACUGGAAUUUUCUCCAAAAAAUUUCGUUUCGUUCCGUGUCAGUUGUAAGAAGCGAGGGGACUUCAGCCCCUUAAGCAAUUCCCCCCCCCCCCCCUCAUCCCUUUUUGGAUCCGCCUCUGUGCCUGGCGAAUACCACAUUUGUAUUGUAACUCUUGUCACUAAAAGCCAGGGCAUUUCUGUUGAUUGAACACUGUAAUUAUUAAUGAAACUCUUAACAUGUAAGGAAAUACCUUAUUUUCAACAAUUUAAUUCAAUUUAUGUUGCCAGGCCCGAAAGUUGAUUAUUUGGGUAAAUUUACAGAUUUAUGAUCUCAUUCCUAGUUUGAAUAAUAAUUCAGGGAGUUUUCUAACAACUAAAGCAGUCUGUAAAUGUGUGUGCAAUCAUUGUAACCCUCUUCAUUUGUGCAAUUUGAAAUUGGUACUGUUGCUGCUGUUUUUAAAAACUGUAUUCAAAUGUGUUAAUGAAACAAAGUGAUUAAUAUUGCUUUGGUUUAAUUACUUUCCUGAUAUAAUUUUCUGUAAUGGAGAAUGUACAUGCCACAGAAUUUUCCAAUUUACAGCUCUCUUACUGUAUUAAUUAUUAUUUUUUUUUCAAAACUAUUAUUUAUUUCGUUGAAUGCUUUUCAAGAAUUUUGCAAUAUUUUUUCGUGUGUUUACGUCUUCCACUGUUUUAGUGUAUAAACUUUGUUUGCAUUAUUUAUGUAGCAAUACAAAUUAUUAAGUUAGCAUUUAUUCUCACGCUCUUAACUGAUCAACUUAACAACCAUUUUUUGAAAGCCCUGAAUGAAGUUUUGGAUGUUUGUUGGAGUUGAGGAUAUAAUUUACCAUAUGUAUACUUAAAAUUAAGGUAGUUUGCUCUAAAAAAUGUUGUCUUUUUAUGUACAGUAUUUAUUUGAGCGAUUUCACUUUUGACUAAUUGAUAAAACUGUAUAACAGCGUUUGAUCAUUGCUGUUACUUGCAUUGUGUAUUUUUUUUUCUUCGUUUAUUUAAAUGUUUGCCUUUGUAACCAUAAGUUUAUUUUUUUAGUGCAGUAUUUAAGCUAGCUAAGUGUAUAUAUGAUAAGAAAUUUUCACACAAAUGUCAAAUAAAUAGAUGUAUUCAAAGUGUUUGUAUUUAGUUUACGCAGUUGCACUGCGUCAUUAGUCUCUGUCCUCUGAAGCCUGCUGACGGCUCAAAAUGCUGAAGAGUGUUGUGAAUGUUAGUUGUGGGUGUUUGAAGAUUAAGUCCUUCAUUGAGCGGAUUACUGCAGGGAGAGGCAAAAAGCAGGAUUUAUUUUGGGAGGGCUUAAUUACAAAGCUUACCAAAGUUGGUUUGAACAGAAAAUCCAUUUUCUAUUUAUAUUUAGGGUGGGGAAAACUUAAAAAUAUCCAUUUAUAUGCCUGGUUUUUUUUUCCCACACAGUUCGAGAAAAGAACUAUAUGUGUUUAUUCAGAUUUUACCAUUACAAUUAUUGUAUAUUUUAGUAUUUGUUCUGCAGCCAGUAUUACAGUGAAUUCCUGAUACGGGAUAGUAAAAAAAGGGGGGGGGGGGAACAACUCAAAUUUCAUAAUGUCCACAUUACUGUGAUUGAAAGGUUCACUGUGAAUAAUUAAAAAAAAAUUAUAGUGCUAACUAAAAGUACUGUAGAGAAUUUUGUUUAUGGUAAUAAUUAUUAUUGUAAUGUAUUAAGUGUUUUUUAUUCCUGGGAGCUGCUGAAAUAAUUAUAGUUGUGCCCUUAUGGUUUGCUGUAUUAUUUACACCAGUGCUGUCUUUUCGUAAAAAUUUGCUGUUGAUUGCUACUGUCAUAGUUGAAACAACAUACAAGUGCUACUAAAUUAUUUUCAGGAAAUGCACUCUUAUUUCAGAAGUUAUAAACUUAUUUUUCACUUGUGAGUUAUAUAGGUACUUAUUUUUCACGUGUAAACCCAACUUUGGCAUUUAGAAUUUGUGGUCAGCUAGAUUGCAUGUAACUUGUGUGGAUUCAGUUUUGCCACAUUAUUGGUGCUUCUAGCAGGGGUGUAUGCAGGUAGGGGGUGAUGGGGAGAUAUCCCCCUUUCAUGAAAUCCAAAAAAAAAAAAAAUCUAUAAAAAUCUGUCAUUUCCAUCAAAAAAUGAAAAGAAAUAGAAAGCAAACCGCAGGCAAAGUGGUUUUAUGUACCCUCCUCCCCCACCAAAUGAAAUUACAUGUACUCUCUUGGCUUUAGUAAUUCAAUUUAUCCCCAAAGUACGGAUUGUGGGGGAAUUUACAGUAAAUAACAGAUUGACAUGAAUUUUAGUUCACCCAGUGACUGUGCAAUGACAAAGAAAUUAAUUUUCUGCCAUGAAUGUGGGCAGCAUUUAUAAGAUACUUUCAGUAUAAACCUAUUCCUGGUAUGAUGCUACCUUGGUGGGGUGAGAGAAGUAUGUAAUCAGCACGUAAGACUUGAUAUAUACAGCCAGGCAACUUCCAAUAUUACAUCUGGGGUUGCGUUCAGGUGCUCCAAGUGAGGGGACGCAGAAAUAACUUGUAAGCUUUCCUUAAACUCUUAAAAAAAAAAAAAUAUCUGCAGGAGCAUGCUGCAUAUACGUGCCUGAAAUGGGUGUAUGCAGUAGGGAGGGGACAGAAGAGAUAUUGCCCAUCCCUAAAAUCUUAAAUUUUUUUUUAUAAAACCAACAAAAGGAAAGAAUUUGAAAGCAAGCAGUGGGCAGAGUGGUUGUAUUUCUUGCCCUGGACUGUUUUUCUAAGACAUAUUUUGGAUGAACUAAUUAAAUAUUUAUGCAUCAGCAGCACACAAAACUGAUAAAAAGGUAGAACUAAAUAAUGCA